AUGUUUCACAAGGCUGAAGUGAAAGCAACCCAGAUAGAUAAGACAUACCUAACAAAGAACUAUAAAGAGUUGUGGUUUGUUGUUGACAAAGAAGACGGCUCAGUAGUCACUGUGAAUGCAUUGGAGGGUUGUAAAGAUGAAGAACAAAUGACAUAUGUAGAAACUAGACUGGAGGACUUGGAAGAUAUAGACACCCCAAUCAAACAUGACGACUAUGAAAUACAGGACUGCUUACGACUUUUUAGCGGAGAUGGACCUGCCAGGCAGUUUGAAGGUGGUCAACAACGAGGAGGAAAUUACCCAUGUCUUUGUGGAGUUCAUGCUGAACAACAUACCAAUCUACUCCAUUGCUUCCAUGUUUCUGCUCAAGAUUUGGAUGACAGAUGCAGCACAAUUGGUGACAAAAACCAGAUCAAAGGAUCAGAUGCUCGUCUGUUUUUAAUUAAAUUGGCCCAGUUUACAUCAGAUUUACAUGAAGACAAUGCAUCAGAUAUCACCAUCAGUUACCAGCCUGACAGACAAGAUUAUGAAGCUAUUACAAUUACCAAGGAAAAUGAUGAACCAAUGGAUCAAAUUAGGGACUCUAGUCAUCUGCCAGUAGAUGAAUGUACUGAUUCAAAUGAUGAGGUCAGCAAUGCCAUGGAGGAAGGGUGUACACUUCUGAAAGUGAAACCCUCUCGUCAUUCUGACCCACCUGAAGUACAUGUACUAGCAGUUGACCAUCAAAGAAAACAACAAGAGAACUCCAAAACCAAGGACAAGUACAAAUCCUACAUUAAAGUUUUGAGAUGGGCUGUACAACAUAACAGCACUGAUGCCCAUGAAAACCUGAUCACCAAACCAAAACCAUUACCAGCUAAGAAACCACUAUCAUGCAAAAGGAAAUUAUUUGAUUCUGAAAUUUCCAACCAAGAAUUUGCAUCACGUAGAAAGAAGACAACAUUCGACCUGGUUGUCCAACUACUUGGCCCAUCAUCAGAUGUGGAAGACUGCAUUAAGUACAGGGAAUUGAAGCUUAAACACCCCGGUCAUAAAUCCUUUAUAUCGGCUUUUGAUCAAUCUUUCUCCAAGCUACAGAUUCAGGUCAGCAAGAAAUAUUUUGCCCUGAAAGACGAGACAACAAAAGAUGAUGGAAAGGAGAACCGGGAGAAUCUGUUAGCUGACAAGGAGAUUGCUCAAAAGCUGCUUGAUCACUGGGGAAUGUACUACUUUUAA